AUGAUACCACACGUUUUAACGUUGACACUACCUGGGAUCACGCAGAGCCCUCGAUAUCGAUUAACGGAUAUUCACCUUCUCUUAUCAUCACUCAACGUAGUAAACAACAACAAAAACUUUCACAGCUUGAGAUACAGCCCCGUCUUCGGAAUGACUGCAUUAGGCGGGCUCACUUAUGAUAUUAGGGACCCUUGGACUCACACCACUGCACGGUAUAUUGCGCGAGGGUUUUAUGAUCUUCCUUUCACUUUGAAACACAGGCCAGCUUUUAUGAAUGAAAAUGCUAUCUUGUUUGACGAGGAAAAGGCUCUUUUCCGGGACACAAAAGACCGAGAUUAUUAUUUUCGAAGUCUCGAGUUGAUUCCUGGCUUUCCCCUUCGGGAGUUCCAAGGUGCUUCCACAUUCAAAGACAAUGCAGAUAAUCCUAAUACGUCUCAUCACAGUAUAACCCAGAGUCUCCUCGAGUCGAUUAAACUUGCACCACCAGAAAUUCGCACCAAUAUCUUUACGCAAAUACCAACCAAGAGAGUGGCGGGAGACGAUGAUUUUGACUCAUUUACCAAAGGAACUUCCAACGAGGAUAGAUAUCUUGAAUCCCGAGAUGCAGAAAUAAAGAUCCCGCCAAACAAUGCGUUUUUCGAGAGAGAUUUCGCAGUGCACACGGACAUAACUUCCAGCGAAGACAAGGAAAAGACGAUGGGCAUCGUUUAUAUCGAGAAUGACUAUCCAAAUUGCUUUGCGCGGUCUUAUGUCGAUUUCAUCAGAUUUGCUGCCUCUCUCGCGCAUUCGGAAGGCUUCUACUUCGAGAGGGAUUCAAGCGACAGCAAUUCAGGUAUUUGGAAGAGCGAGAGCAGAGAAUCAAGCUUGCUAAGAGAAUUCUUGACGUGGUUCUGGAAAUUUUUUGGUGUAAACUUCACUAAUGAACUUGAGGCUAGUUUCGCAUGGUCAAAAGUUAAUCAUGCAAAAUUCCGUUACCUCCAGAACAUCUCUCUCGACAUCCUCGUCAUGGAACCAUUCAACCACGCCCAAAAGUAUGUGGACGGCCGUCGCCUAAAGCUUUUCCUCAAAGAGCUGCACCAUUUCCCCAACAUCGAGUCUUUCACCGUAUUCCUACAAAUAGGAGAACAAGAUUUGGCGGAUUUGAUGCACAGUCCUGGUGCUUACAGAUGGGCAAAUGCGCUGCGAGAAAUCACCUUUGCGAAAUACUUUGACGUGCAAUUUCAGAUGUUGGAUGGGAUGUUGCCGAAAGGACCAAUUUUCCAUGCUGUGUUUCGGAAGCGAUUGAGACAGUUGCUGAUGCCGGAAUGCUUGUGCUUUGGGAGUACGGAUGAUGUGCCGGAUCAUUUGGGGAUUCGCGAGAUGUUUGAUAUGGAGGAAUAG